AAAAAAAAUAACGGGUUAUGCGAUAAAAACUCUAAAACAUGACUACAUAGUCAAAACUAUAAAUAAACAGAGCUACUCUCUCCAACAAUAUAACCCUUCGCCAGAAUAGACGCAUCCUCCACACCACCAAGUUUCCAAAUGAAAAGGUGUACCCCUCUUGUGUGAAUUGGAAAGACAAGGCAUACACAGGCAGCAUGCCUUUGAGCAAUAACUUAACAGCUUUCAUGAACUUCUUGGCAUUCAUGUGCUCCAUCCCUAUAAUCGCAUCAGGCACCUGGCUGGCUUCAAAGCCGGACAACGAAUGCAUCCACUUGCUCCGAUGGCCUGUCGUUUUCAUUGGAAUUGCCAUAAUGUUGGUUUCCUUGACUGGCUUUAUUGGAGCUUACUGGAAAAAGGAAGGCCUUCUAGGUGUCUACUUGGUGUGCAUGGCCCUUCUUAUCGUCCUUCUCCUUGUCCUCCUCGUACUUGCCUUUGUUGUCACAGGCACAACUGGCGCUUAUAUGGUGCCUGGAAGGGCUUACCGUGAGUACAGGCUUGAAGGGUUUUCUCACUGGUUGAGGGAUCAUAUUACUGGCCCUGAUAAUUGGGGGAAUAUUAGGGCGUGUUUAGCUGAUUCUGCUAUUUGCCUUAAGCUUAACUAUCAGUAUGUAACCGCAGAACAAUUCUUUGCUGCUGAUCUCUCACCUCUUCAGUCAGGAUGUUGUAAACCUCCAACUAUUUGUGAAUAUCAGUAUAUGAACCCAACCCUGUGGAUUAACCCAACACAUGCAAUAGUAGAUACUGAUUGCUCUAUCUGGAGCAAUGAUCCAAGUCAAUUAUGCUACAGCUGUGAUUCUUGCAAAGCUGGCCUACUAGGGAAUGUCAGAAAAGAGUGGAGGAAAUCUAUUCUCAUUCUCAUCAUAACUUUAGUGAUUCUCAUCUGGGUUUAUCUCAUUGGUUGUUGUGCUUACAAGAAUACUCUAAAUAAAGCAAAUUCCAAAGGUCACAAAUAGUUUUAGCCUGCAUUUACUUUUGUGUUCUCUAUUCCAACUCCUAAAUAUAUAAGGGGACACUUAUUUUAGUAUUUUGUGCUAAGGGGAAGAAAAUGACGGUUUUGCCAUAUAUGUUUAAUUAAUUUUCAGUUUC